AUGCGCUCUCACUCCCACCAGAGCGGCAACUACCCAAAGCGCCGUGCGUCUCAAACUUCUACCACCACAAGCUCUUCUCACAGUACUCAACAUUCCCACGAAAAGAAGGACCGUCAAAUCUCCAACCCAAUAACCUCUAAGCUAUUCCGAUCCGGGUCCAAAUCUCCUACAAUUGAAGUCCCAAAGCACAGACACAAGCACAGCCAGUCCUUGGACGAUCACUACAUCCCUCGGAGCAAUCCUGAAAUGAACUAUUUCGACCAGUGUGACUCUACCAGCACUGUGCAAAUGUCUCCCGAGCCCUCAUCACCCCAGUCUCCCAAGCCAGACUUUCCCAAGCGGGCACCCAGCCCGACUUGCAAGAACAGCGAUGACUACCGUCGCUACAGCGGCACAGUCAACCACUACGGUCGCCACUCAAAUGACUGGCUCUUUGGUGGCUUCAGUGUGCGCGAUACCGUCCGUGAUGGUAUCGAGAAGCUCCGUCACCACGAUAAGGAGAGCUGA